AUGGCCUAUCCCCAACAAUCUCCAACGCAUGGGUUCUCGCAAGGCGACAGAAGCUCGCCGAAUGAAAACUUGGUACCGCGCCUUCGAUUGAGUUGCGAAGAAUGCAGUCGACGGAAGAUAAGAUGCGAUAAAAAGAUACCCUGUCGUGCGUGCUACGAGAGAGGCGACGCUUCUAGCUGUCGCCGUCAGCAGGGCCCUGGCAGUAGAAACAGACCAGUCCGCAAAGAGCCAGGACGCGAAAACGUUCUGCAACAUGAGGUAUUAGAAAAGCUCGACAGGGUGCUUGAACGGCUUGAUACAGUCGAGUCAGUACUUGGCCUGCAACAAGGACAAGACUCAUCUACAGUUAGCGAUGAUGGACGCGAGGUUAAAGAAAAUGGAUUGGUGAGCGCAAUGGAGGAGGCGGCACUUGGGAUUGGCGAAAACAGACGAUGGCAGGGUGCUUCACUGGUUGUCGACAGCACCCAGUUGCCAGAGUCAAAUCACCAGUGGUUCAGCCCAACGUCCUUCUCUUCAUGCCUAGCAACCCUCCCAGAGCCAAGCCAAUCAAAUUUCCUCCUACAGUCGUACUUCGAAAACGUCAACUGGAUCACGGGCUGCCUGCGCCGCGACACGCUCCAGCAACAGCACAAUGAUUUCUGGACUCUCUACGAGAAGGGACAACCUCCCGACGGAAUGACCUUGGCACUCCUGUUUGCCGUUCUCAGUAACGCUGCAUUCUUUCUCGACGAGCAGGUCGCCAGGACUCAGGGUUACGCCCCUCAGCGGCUUCAGCAUUUUGCCAGAAAGUGGUUUGACUGUAGUAUCGCUACCUUCUUCCGCUGCGGUGGAAUAACUCACCACUCUCUUGCAGCAUGCCAGACAAUUCUGACUUUGCGAUAUUGUUUUCACCUGACCGGAAACUCAAAUACACAUCAGCUACUUGCAUACGUUGGCAUUGGGAUUGCGAGGGCAAUGAACCUCCACCUACUCGGAAAUAGCCACAGCAGCUCUGAAGAUGACCGAAUAAGGCGAGAAAUGGGUCGCCGGGCUUGGUGGCUACUGAUUGAGGGUGACUGGGAUCUUUUACCGUACCAUCGCUAUUGCUGUGAGUUGCGAGACUGCCUACAGAGAGCUUUUGGUGGUGAUAUGCUGACAAUUUGUGCCUUGGUGCUCUUCUUAGUUAUCUCGGCACAAUCCUUCAAUACUGCUCUUCCUGAUCUCACUGAUGAAGGAACCUUCGCCUCUUCUACCAACGAUGCUCACUCUCUUACUUUUCUCAUCACCUGUUGCCAGUCUGCGAGAGUUCUUUAUGAAGUCUACAGCCCACUAUCAUCGACCCAAUAUCCAAACUAUGAGACUGUCACCUCUGCCUCGGAGAAAUUAGAUCGGAUAGUCCAAGGUCUGCCAGCGGCAGUACGACAUUCAGCUGAAUCCAGUCCCAGCACAUCUGGCCCAGUUUAUGUGUGGCGGUUCCUGGUAAUGAUGCUGGCCUAUCGAUCAUAUAUGAUUCACCGAUCAUUCUAUAUCAAGUCACUGUCGGAUCCUCGCUAUGAAGCUUCUCGAAUAGCCUGCACAAGAGCUUCAGAGACUAUCAUCAGUUUGGCUGACAAAGGACUGCCGUCCUUCUUUUACCGCCUUUGGAACACAACACUCUGGCUAGUAGCAGCUGGUCUUGUACUAGGUGUUGAUCUCGCCCAUGCGGCCAGCGAGAACAAGUCUUAUCCAGACGCGGCAGCCCGGCGUAGGAGAUUGCUAACAUUGGUCGAUUUACUCAACACCUCCGCUGACAGAUCAGGGAUCGCGGCGCGUGGUGCUCGCCUUAUCCGGCAUAUCUGCACCAUGGAGCAAGAUUCUCUUGCGGGCUCGCACAAAAAGAUACAGAUCACGCGCGACGAUAUACUCAAUGCUAUUCGAAUGCCCAAUGCCAACCCAAACAUCGGUGCUUCUGGUAGUUUACAGGGCCCAUCCGCUGACUAUUCUGAUCGUACUUCCUACCAGGAUAACGAACCGGCAAGUAAUCCCCAGAGCGGAGAGCAUUCUGCCCCUGCGAUAUUUGCAUGCCCUCCAGCGGUCGAGCCAGCAGAUAUGGGAUUCAAUAUUGCGGAAUCCAGUUUCUUUGUUCCGGAAUGGGGUGAUAGAGAAUCCUAUGGGGCAUUCGGCCCCCCACAAGAUCAAGGCCAAAUGGAUGCAUUAUUUGCAGACAUGUUAUAG